ACGCGUAACUGGGGAAACGGAUAUACGCAACGUAGCGGAAGAAAAAUGUAUACAAUGGCAAUUUGGAAAUCAAUUAAGUUAUGAAAAAAGAGCAUUAAUUGCCUUUCUUUGUGGUCGGUGUGUUAUGGAAUGGCGGACUGAGAGCAGCAGUGCACCGUCAGACGCCGCUGUUUCGCCUCGACGGAACUGUGAUUAGACGUGUCAGGCAGAAAGAGCAGGCUACUUUGGAGAAUGAGUUGAUCAUUGGCGAGGGAAUCCAGAGGAGGUUGCAAAUAAAAAGGCUGACUGGAAGAUGCCAAGAAGAAAACAGCAGAAUCCACAACCUGUCAAGUUGGAUUCUGAAGAUGGUUUAGGCACUGUACGUCCAGCAAGCCUUACCUUUGAGAGCGACUUUCUCCUGGGACAAGAACUCGAGUUCUCAGAUCCUGACAAUGACAGCAAGAUCAUAGGCCUUGAAAAGUUCUCAGCUGACAUCAGUCUGCCUGGCUUCCCCCUGGGAGACGAGGAGAGCUCCCCCUUCAGCCGCCUCAGUAUGGAGAGUGACGCUGACGACCUCCGCGCAACCGAAAGCGAGCGUGAAGAGAGGGUUUCUGAGUCUGCCUUUCCCUCUUACCUCUCUUGCAGGGGCUGUGGUCAGCUCCUGGAAGACCCCCUGGGACCCGGCAUGGACUUGGUGGGGCCCUACUGCAUGCGCUGCUGCAAAGGGAAUGCGGACGGCGUUGUGGACAGGAAGCUCUGCUCGGGCUUAGGCUUACAAGCGGAGUCUAGAGGGGGAGGGAAUGAGGGCGCUGGUGGUGAGGAUGGUACCCUAAAGCUCCACUCGUGCACGCUCUGUGGAUUCACUUCGCGCUACACUAACCACGUUAAGAGGCACAUGAAGACACACAACGGUGAAAAGCCAUACGGGUGUCCGCUGUGCUCCUAUGCGUCGGCGCAACUAGUGAACCUGCAAAGGCACUUGCGCAUACACACCGGAGAAAAGCCCUAUAAAUGCAAUCACUGCACAUUUGCAUGCAGUUCCUUGGGGAACCUGAAGAGGCACCAGCGCAUGCAUGCAGCCGUAAGCCCGGGUCAGAGUGCCACUCAGCCGGUCAGUGGCAGCUGUUUAAAUCACACUACUGUGGGUCAGAAGGAAAAGGAAGGGGCUCCUGCUCCCACUGAUGAAGUUGCAGGUGCUGUGCAAUCUGUCUCACGUCCCCACGUGGGAAGAGAUGGGAACUACUUGCAGACCUUUGAUGGCCUCAGGCUUGCACAGCAGUCAUCGACAGGGGUGUUGCAGUCAGGACAGGCUCCAUCUGAACCCCCCAUGUUCUUCCCCUUCACUUGUCGUCUAUGCGGCAUGGCCCUGGAUGACGAGGACGGAUCCUCAGCCCAGAUCUGCGCCAAGUGCACCCUGGAGAUGCUGACUAAGGACACACCAGGUUGCCCCGCUGAGCGAGGGGACAAGGUCUACACCUGUGCUGCCUGCCCCUUUCUCACCCACUACCCAAACCACCUGGCCCGCCACAUGAAGACCCACAGCGGAGAGAAGCCAUACAAGUGCCCGCAGUGCGACUACGCCUCCGCCCACUUUGACAACCUCAAGCGGCACCAUCGUGUGCACACUGGGGAGAAACCCUACAAGUGCCACCUGUGUGACUAUGCCUGCGGCAACCUGGCUAAUCUCAAGAGGCACCAACGGGUGCAUUCGGGUGCCAAACCCUUUCAGUGUGCAAUCUGCAACUACAGCUGCAAUCAGAGUAUGAACCUGAAGCGGCACAUGUUGCGCCACACGGGUGAGAAGCCCCAUAAGUGCCAAGAGUGUGGCUACACCACUGGCCACUGGGACAACUACAAACGACAUCAGAAGAAGCACAGCCUGACUACAGAUGGCUGGGUUAAAGUGCAGAUGCCUGGAAAUGAGGAAGAGGUGGAGGACGAGGAAGAGGUGUAGCCUUUUAUUGCAAGACAGUCGUCCAUAUGAGAUUUUACUAAAUUGUUGGUUGACCUUCUUUUCUUUUGUCCCCAAAAUUAUUUUUGGAAUUGUUCACAAGCUGCUACAUGAAGUCAUGCACAAAUUUAAAGGGAUAGUUCACCCAAAAAUGAUUUACUCAACCUCAAGCCAUCCUAGGUGUAUAUGACAAUCUUCUUUCAGACGAACACAAUCAGAGAUAUAAUUAAAAAUAUUCUGGCUCUUCCAAGCUUUAUAAUGGAUUACUUUUAUGAUGGAUGGAUGCGCUUUUUUGGACUUCAAAAUAAGGAGCCCCAUUCACUACCAUUAAAAAGCUCAGAAGAGCCAGGAUAUUUUAUAAUAUAAUUUCAAUUGUCUUCGUCUGAAAGAAGAUAGUCUUAUACACCUAGGAUGGCUUGAGGGUGAGUAAAUUAUGGGUCAGUUUUCAUUUGUGGAUGAACUAUCCCUUAAACGUUACCUGAAUGUCCUAAUGUCGGGGUUGUCAAAUCCUGCUCCUGGAAGGCCAGGAGACUCUAAAUAAACACGCUGAAGCAGCUAAUCAAGGUCUUCAGGCUUAUUCAAAACUUCCUGACAGGUCUGUGGGAACCGGUUGACGCUAAACUCUGCAGGAAGGUGGUCCUCCAAGGAGCAGUAUUGGACAUUCCUGAUUAAUGCCUUUGAACAAGGCAAAAUGUUUGUGUUACCCAAAGCUCUCUAAGAGCGUUCUGAGCCUGAUUGUGGUUCAUUUAUCAGUGCCAAACAGACACUACUGCACCACUGCCAUAGGAAGUUCUUCUUUAAGCCUGGCGCAACGUUGCAUGCACUUAAGUUUACCUUGGUUGACUGUUUUGAGGUUUUAUGUAAUUGAUCAUUUUUCAUUCUUCUCAACCAUACUGGUGAAAAUGCCUUCAAAGAUCAUCUUUGAUCAUAUUGUUUUUGCUCUCAAUAAUUCUGGGGGAUUGUGUUGCCUUUUAUUGUUGUGUGUAUUUUAUUGAUUGUGAAAAAUGCCAUUUGUCUGAGUUUACUUGAAGCAAAAUGUUGCAUAGUGGAUUUUUGUGUCAUGCUGAACAUAGAGCUUUUAUUUUUGUAUGUAAUUUUAUUUUUUAUCUCUUGAGGAAUGUAUUUGCCACCCUUAGCUAUACUGAAGGACGACAGUAAACGUAAACCCAAUUAUGCAGUUAAACCUUAAAGUUGCCAAGAAAUGAAUGAACAUUGAAAUCUUUUAGGUGUGUGGUGCUUGAGUGUUUUCUUGUUAUUAUGCAGUGGUUUCAUUAAUGCCUUAAAUAUUCUCAAAUAAAACAGUUUGUGUUGAAA